CCCGUGAACCCUGUCCCUAACAAAGAAAAGAGAUCAUCUUCAUGACUCUUUGAAGUCCAACUCAAGGCCAAGAGGAUUAUUAUUAAAGCAAACAUGGAAGAACCAAAUUCAAUCAUUUCCUCCAACACAUGAGCACAUGGCUGAGUCUAUUCUGGAAGUUGUGCUUGGGACUUUGAACAAGUUCAUUCAAGAUGAGCUUGGCUUGUUUCUGGGUGUCAAUCAAGAGAUGAACAGACUCAGUAGCACACUUUCAACAAUCUGGGCUGUGCUUGAAGAUGCCGAGGAAAAGCAACUUACUGACAAGGCUAUAAGAAAUUGGCUGCAAAAGCUAAAAGAUGCAGCUUACAUUCUGGAUGACAUAUUGGAUGAGUGUGCAACAGAAGGACUUCGAUUUCAGUAUAGAAGAAAAAACUGUAGAUCAACAAACAAGGUAAGACAUUCUUCCUUAUCCUCAUUUCAUCCAAUGAUUGUACUUUUCCGCUACAAAAUUGCUAGGAAAAUGAAAAAGACAAGGGUGUUGUUAGAUGCAAUUGCUGAUGAAAAGCGCAAGUUUCAUUUGUGUGAGGCAGUUACCCAGAGGAAAACUGAAGUGAUGGAAUGGCGUCAAACUGGUUCCAUUAUUACUCAACCUCAGGUAUAUGGAAGAGAAGAAGAUAAGAAAAGAAUUGUGGAUUUUUUGGUCGGUCAGGCUUCUGGUUUUGAUGAUGUAUCAGUGUAUCCUAUAGUUGGUAUUGGUGGACUAGGAAAGACAACUCUGUUGAAGAUUUGGGUAUGUGUUUCACAGAAUUUCGAUGUUAAGAGAAUGUUAAAAGCUAUCAUGGAAUCAGCCACUGGUCAUAGCUGUGAAUCUUUGGAUUUAGAUCCCCUGCAGAGAAAACUUCAAGAGACGCUUCAAGGAAAAAAAUACUUGAUUGUUUUGGAUGAUGUGUGGAAUGACGACCAAGAGAAAUGGGAUAGGUUGAAAUAUGUCUUGUCAUGUGGAUCAAGAGGUUCCUCCAUUCUUGUCACUACUCGGAUAGCAAAGGUAGCAUCCAUCGUGGGAACGCAACCUUCUCAUCAGCUAUAUGGUUUAUCCAUUGAUGAAUGCUGGAAAUUGUUCAGGCAACGUGCCUUUGGACCAGACAGGGAAGCGCAUGCACAGCUUGCGGACAUAGGAAAGGAGAUAGUGAAAAAGUGUGGUGGUGUGCCUCUUGCUGCGAAAGCAUUGGGAGGCCUUUUAUGUUUCACCAGGGAAGAGAGUGAGUGGCUCUACGUCAAGGAUAGCAAACUUUGGGGUCUACCACAAGAUGAAAACUCCAUCUUAGCUACCUUGAGAUUAAGCUAUUGGAACUUGCCAUUCAAAGCAAGACCUUGCUUUGCCUAUUGUGCCAUUUUCCCCAAAGGUAAAGAAAUUAAUAAGCGUUUGCUGAUUCAACUUUGGCUGGCUAAUGGGUUCAUAACACCCUGUGGAAAAAUGGAUGUAGAAGACGUGGGCAAUGAGGUGUGGAAAGAAUUGUAUUGGAGAUCAUUUUUCCAAGAUAUUCAGACAGAUGAAUUUGGCAUGACAACAAGUUUCAAGAUGCAUGAUCUAGUUCAUGAUCUUGCCCAAUCAAUCAUGAGAGAAGAAUGUCACAUUCUGGACAACAUAAGCUCAAAUGAUUUGCAUGGAAACACUCGCCAUCUUUCUGCUCCAAUCUAUAGACUUAAAAGAUCUCAUUUUGGUUUGUCAGACAUACCCAAAUCCUUACGAAGCAGCCUACAUGUAUCAAAUGCAGUUUCAUCUGUCUCCCUACUGAUGAAAACUACCUCUUUGAGAGCAAUUCAUGAGAGUGGCAGUGAGACGGUAACAGAAUUGCCAUCUUCAAUAGGGAAUUUGAAGCAUCUAAGAUCAUAAUGGUAUUCUCCAACAACGGAAGAAAUGAAGAACUUGAUCCAGUCAAGAUUGAAAUUUCAGAAGAGCCAGAGAUUUCCUCAUAGCAGGAUAUGAUGGUAAAUAUUUGAGGAAGAUUACAUUAACUGAACUGGGUAUAUGCGCGGUAGUGCACUAUUUGUUGGCAAAAUCUUUGGAUUGUGUAACGACUGCAUUUGGAGAACACAGUGUUCAUCGCGUAUGGUUACGUUUGGUAAGUGUUUUAUGUCCAAGGAGUUUUUAUGUAAUAUGACAACCAAGUUUGAGUGCUUAUAAUGUGAUCCAUUAUAUGCAACCACGUUAGUGUACUAAAAAUUCAUAUAUCAAUUUCAAUAGUGAUCUUGACCUUAA